AUGCAACAAUGUAAGAAGAGUCCGGAUGUCGUGAGAAUAAAAAUUAAAGAGUAUGUCGAGAGAAAAAAAGACCUAAAACGUCAAAUGUUAUCUCCACCACAAGUUACUAAUCUCGAUGAUGAUGAAAUGGAGGAAGGAGAAGUUGUUGAUUUGUCACUUCCCUUAAAAUCACAAAAGCAAUCAGUGUCUUCAAGUUAUGGAUCAACCAAUAUGAACGGUCCAAUAGAUACUUACUUUCCGUUGAAGCCAGGAAAUCAGGGAAAAGUGAGUAUCAUAGAGAAAAUUGGACCAGAGAAUGUUGUUCAAGUGGUUACAGAUAAUGCAACUGAAAAUGUUAAGGCAGCCCAUUGUGUGAAUUUGAUAUUCGGGGAUAUUUUCAAGCAAAGACCCUUUCAAGGUGUUUUCACCAAGGCAGUUAAGGUACAUUCUUACAUUGUUCGAAGGCCUUUGAUGUUGAAUAUGAUGAAAAGAUUCACUCAUCAAAGAAACUUGGUGAAACCUGAGAAGGCUAGAUUUGCUACUUCUUUCUUGACUUUACAGAGGAUGUUCAAGCAAAAGUCAAAUUUGAGAACUAUGUUCAUUUCAGAAGAAUGGAAUAAAAGUAAAUUUGCAAAAGUGUUAGGAAAAGAAGUUGCACGGAUAAUGCUUUCGUUCCACUUUUGGAACAAUGUUGCUCAUGCUCUUAAAGUAUGUGGUCCCUUGGUUACAGAUCUUCGUUUGGCGGAUGGUGAGGCAAAACCAUCAAUGGGUUAUGAAGCGAUGAGUAAGGCUAAGGGGGCUAAUUCAAAGCUUUUUUUUACUGAGGAGCAUAAAUAUGCAAAGGUUUUUGAGAUUAUUGAUAAAAGGUGGAGUGAUCAACUCCACAAACCGUUGCAUGCAACUGGCAAUAUCGAACCCAUCACUCUAUUCUAA